AUGGUUUCUGUCAAGAUCACAACCUUGGCCGUGCUCGCUCUCGCCGCUGCCGACACCGUCAUCUCCACCAUCGUUGUCACCAAACCUGUACAGUCCACAACCGGUCAUGGUGGCAAGCGUCUAAACAUCGAAUGGAACGACGAUGGCAAGACACCCACACGACGUGAUUGGGGCCGUGUCAACAUUUACCUCGCCACCGGCUCGCGCGAUGUGCAGUACAAGCUGCAGACACUCGCCACCAACGUCUCGUACAAUGCGGGUGAGGGUCGAUAUCAGAUCAGCCCCACCGUCGGCCCUACCGGUGGCUACUACUUCCUCCGAUUCGAAGGCACCAACACCACCACCAACAGCAUCCCCGCCAUGGCCUUUUCGGCUCGUUUCCGUCUCGAAGACAUGACGGGCAACUUUAACUCGACCAUAAUGUCGACCAUCCAGGGAGGUUCGGGUACCGGUCAGCUCACCACCACUGUUGCUAGCGCCACCUCGUCUGCUUCGACGCCCAACUUUUUCGGAGCCUCGUCUUCCACCCAGAGCGCUCUCGCUGCUACCACUACCCCGGCAACAGGCUCCGGUAGCGCCGCCUCUUCGCAGUCGACAACUGUCAAGUCGAGCUCAUCUGACGCUUCGGCUGCGAACAAGAUGGCUGGUUUCCUCAGCGCAUUGGUCGGUGCUGCUGCUGUUGGUGCCGCUUUACUCUGA